UCCCCCCUAUUCAAUUUUCCACACUCCAACAACCCACAGUCCCACACUCAAUGACACUGAUCUUCACCUAUAUAUAGACCCCAUUCCCCUUACUAUUUCCCCAACUAAACUCUUGAUUCAGUUUCAAUUUUCCACUUCGUCAGCUUUCUUUCUUUCAGAUAUAAGAUCCCAAACAGACCCUUGAUUUCUUCAAAACCCAAAUGGCAACUGCGGUUUCCACCUUCGGAGCUGCCAACAGAGGACUGUUAAAUUUGAAUGGCUCCAGCGCUGGAAUUUCUGUUCCAACCACAUCCUUCUUUGGCAAAGGGUUGAAGAAAGUAUACACUAGUAAAUCCACAAGCCAGAGGACUUCUUUUGGCAGAUUCAAAGUCUAUGCAGAAGUGGAUGAGAAGAAGCAAACAGACAAGGACAGAUGGAAAGGCCUAGUGUUCGACGAGUCUGACGACCAACAAGACAUCACCAGGGGAAAGGGAAUGGUGGACUCUCUCUUCCAAGCUCCCAUGGAUUCGGGAACCCACUACGCGGUCAUGAGCUCCUACGACUACAUCAGCGCCGGGCUUCGCCAAUAUAACUUGGACAACAACAUGGAUGGCUUCUACAUUGCUCCUGCUUUCAUGGACAAGUUGGUUGUACACAUCACCAAGAACUUCCUUACCCUGCCCAAUAUCAAGGUUCCUCUUAUCCUGGGCAUUUGGGGAGGCAAAGGUCAGGGGAAAUCAUUCCAGUGUGAGCUUGUGUUUGCCAAAAUGGGAAUCAACCCCAUUAUGAUGAGUGCCGGAGAACUAGAAAGUGGCAACGCUGGAGAGCCAGCAAAACUGAUUAGGCAACGGUACAGGGAGGCAGCGGACAUAAUCAGGAAAGGAAAGAUGUGCGUCCUGUUCAUCAACGAUCUUGAUGCAGGAGCUGGUAGGCUCGGUGGGACCACCCAAUACACGGUCAACAAUCAAAUGGUGAAUGCCACCCUCAUGAACAUUGCUGAUAACCCAACCAAUGUCCAGCUACCCGGUAUGUACAACAAGGAGGAGAAUCCACGCGUUCCUAUUGUGGUCACUGGUAAUGACUUCUCCACGUUGUAUGCGCCUCUUAUCCGUGAUGGUCGUAUGGAGAAGUUCUACUGGGCUCCUACUAGGGAAGAUCGGAUUGGUGUUUGCACAGGUAUUUUCAGGACCGACAAUGUUCCUGAGGCAGAUAUUGUCAAGCUUGUUGAUACCUUUCCUGGGCAAUCUAUUGACUUCUUCGGCGCCCUGAGGGCAAGAGUAUACGACGAUGAAGUGAGGAAGUGGAUUUCAAGUGUUGGGGUAGAAAAUGUUGGGAAAAAGCUUGUGAACUCAAAGGAGGGCCCCCCGACUUUCGAACAGCCAAAGAUGACUCUCGACAAGCUCCUCGAGUACGGAAACAUGCUGGUUCAAGAGCAGGAGAAUGUGAAGAGAGUCCAGUUGGCUGACAAGUACCUGAGCGAAGCAGCCCUUGGAGAUGCAAACGAUGAUGCCAUUAAAAGAGGAACUUUCUAUGGCAAAGCAGCUCAACAGGUCGGCCUGCCUGUCCCCGAAGGCUGUACCGAUCCUUCUGCAGAAAACUUCGAUCCAACGGCUAGGAGUGAUGAUGGAAGCUGCUUGUAUCCAUUUAACUAGGUGUAUAUCAGGGAUGUGUGAAGUUGAGAAAUGGGAUUAACCCUCAAAAUUUAUGCGAAUCAACGACGUCGACUUAGUGUCAUAGAUUGUUGUGUU